AUGGAACCAGCUGCAGUAAAGUAUAUAAUACGCGGUGUAGCGGUCGCGUGGCUGCUUCACAUUGUUAUCGUUGCAAGUUUGGCAAGAAAUGUAACUGUUCCACUAUCACAUAGAAAUGGAACUGCAAGAAAUACGACUACUGGCAACUAUACGCGAACUAAUCGUCAGAUAGGCUACAACACAUUCAGUCCUUAUGGAUUAGGUCUGCCAAACAUCUUGCCCAUCGGUGGCGCUCUGCCGAAUUUUGGAUCCAACAUUAACUGUCCACCUGGAAGCAUUUUGCGUGAUGGACAGUGCGUACAACGGUUGGCAUACUGUGGGGCGGGUUACAAUCUGGUCGGCAAUACGUGUGUCGGUCAAGCCACCUGUCAGCAAGGAUACAGUCUCGUAAACGGACAAUGUCAGCUGCAGGUGCCGUGCGCUACCCAAAUGUGUGGUAUGGUUCCUCCAUCAAUAUCGCCGCCAUCAGCACCACCACCACCACCACCACCACCGCCACCAAUCGUUACCUGUACCUGUGAAGAGGGCUACAACCAGAUAGGCGAACAGUGCAUGAAACAGGAAUCGCAGCCAGCUCAAACGCGCACCCAAGAGAGUAGCCACAUGGAGCAGCUCACCUGUCCCGCCGGUUAUGAACUCAACUACGAGGACUGUAUAAAGCAGCACAGCUUAGAUGCACGUUGCGAGCGAGGAACGCGCCGGGAUGAUGUAUGCACGGUGCCUGCCGAGUGUGGCUAUCCGUUCGCGAUGGAUGCAUAUGGACGGUGCGUUAAGAAUUCGACCACGGAGGCUCGAUGCCCGCCGGAAACACGACUGGUAGGCGACGUGUGUAUCUACAACACACCCGAGUGUCCUCCGGGCUAUCAGAAGGAAGCCGGUAUAUGUGUUCAACGCGAGCAGGUCCCAAUCAGCUGCGAGAACGGUGGCACUCUGUCCGGAGGGUUGUGUGUGGUGGGAACUCCACAGUGUCCGCCAGAAUAUCGACUGUCCAACGGACAGUGCGUGCUCGAACGCCGUACUGUUCCUCGGUGUCCGCCCGGUUCCAGACCUCAGGCAGGUACUUGCGUCAUACAGGAACUGAGCUGUCCGCCAGGCUUUACCGACCGUGGGGGUGGCGUUUGUGUGAAUCGAGAGCGUAGACCGGCGACCUGUCCGAAUGGGGCCCGACUUGUGGGCGAUGUGUGCGAAUCGGAACGAGAGAUCUGUCCGCGUGACUUUAAGCUCGAGUACAUGCAGUGCGUCCGGUACAGUGAACGACCUGCGACCUGUCCUCGUGAGACGCGUCUAGUGGGUGGUGAGUGUAUCUCGUCAUCGGUAAGCUGUGAGCUAGGAUUCACACUGCGUGGUGGUGAGUGUUUCCGCGAAUCGGUGGGUCGGCGAUCCUGUCCAGCGGGUAGCACUUUACGCGAGGAACAGUGCGUAGUUGGUGAACCGAGAUGUGAUGCUGGCUUUACCCUACGGGAUGGUGUCUGUGUGCAGCAUCUUAGACAGGAACCGCGAUGUGCGGCCGGUGCUCAGUACCGAGACGGUAAGUGUGUGCUGCGCGUGGACGAUUGUCCAACGGGAGCAGUUCGGCGCGAUGGCGAUUGUGUGCGAGGUGAUCAGGUGAGACCAAUAUGUGACGCCGGGUUUACGUACCUCAAUGGUCGCUGUCUGGCGGAGGCACAGUGCGAGUAUGGCUACACUUACAAAAAGUCCGAGUCGAUCUGUCAGAGCACGUCGAGGACGGCGAUGACUUGUCCUGCCGGCACACAGCUGGAGGGUGGACAAUGCGUUACACGUGAGAUGAUCUGUAUGGAGGGCUACACGUUGCAGGCUGGGCAGUGUGUGAUGCGCAUGACUACGGCACCAACAUGUCCGCCCGGGUCUACCCUGCAGGGGAACCGGUGUCAAACGAGCAUUGCGGCCCAAUGUCGCGCCGGCAGUAUCCCGAUGAACGGUGGCUGUGAGAUCCACGAAACGGCAUAUCCGAGCUGUCCGGCAGGGUACCGUUUCUAUGCGGGACAGUGUCACGGUACGCUUACCACUUCUGUUCCAACUGCCCCGAUGCCAGUCCCGAGCCCGUGUAUGUACGGAGCCUGUGCAAGUCCUUGCACAACCGGUAUCUGUGGCAUUCCCUGUGCGACGGGAUGUGCGACACAGGCGGCACAAACGGUGCAGCAAUCCGUACAAACGAUUCAUUCGACGCAAGCAGCGACCUGUCCGGAAGGGUUCUCCAUGCAGAACGGUGUCUGUACACGACGCGCGACCGUACAGUUGGAUUGUCCAUACGGAUACAGCAUGGACGGCGGGCAGUGUAUCGCUUACUAUUCGAUGACUUGUGCUGCGGGCAGUGUGCUGCAGGGUGAUCGGUGUGUACGUUUGCAGGCUCGUCCGGCUAUCUGUCGGGACGGGUAUCAGCAGGCCGGAGACCGCUGUAUCCAUAUGCGACCAACCUGUCCGCCCGGCUAUCGGAACUUAGGUGGAAUGUGUGUGACCGUGAAGGAGCGGCCUGCUACCUGUCCGAGUGGAAGCAGCAAGAGGAAUGGUUACUGUGUCACCUCUCCGAACUGUCCGCCCGGCUACUAUCUGCUCCAGGGUAUGUGUCAGCGAGAGGAGCACAUAGCAAUUAAUUGUCCGGCUGGGUUUGUGCUGGCCGGUGGCGAGUGUAUCGCACACUCUAGCUGUGCCAAUGGCUACCGACUGGAGGGUAAUGCGUGUGUCCGCACGGAACAACGAACGGUGGAGUGUCCUCGGCCGGCACGCCUUGUGCGAGGUUGGUGCGUGUUGAGUACUCCUACCUGUGAGCACGGUUACGACUUCAUCGGUGGUCGCUGCGUUAAGACUGAGUACCGUCGGCCGGUGUGUCCACCCAAUACGAGAAUCCGUGACAAUGUGUGCGUACUAUCUCACCCACCACAGUGCGAGGUCGGAUUCACGUUCUCCGCCGGACAGUGUACCAAGUUGGACCGACAACCGAUCGAUUGCCCGCACGAGUUCCAGGUCCAGGGUGAUAAGUGUGUCGCUCAGCGGUUACUCUGUCCGCCCGGUUUCGAGCUGAAUGGACGAGAGUGUGAGCGCGAAACGCGUCGUACGAUCGCCUGUCCGUAUGGAAGCUCUCUGCGUGACAAUCUAUGCAUCGGGGAAGGUCCUUCCUGCGAACCGGGCUACAAUUUGCUGCGGGGAGAAUGUAUCCGUGUUAGCUACAACUCACCGGAAUGUCCACCCGGCACUGUUUUCACCGAUGGGCGCUGUGUUCGCAGUGCGACAUGUGCCCCAGACUAUCAGCUGCGCGGUAAUCUCUGUGUCAAGCAGCGCAUUGUCAAGCUGUCGUGUGCUCGAGGAAGGCUGCAGGACGGCAAAUGUGUCGCGCCUGGUCCGGACUGUCCCGUGGAUUACGAGAUGCGGCGUGAUGGAUGCAUUCGGCGCGAAACUACGCAACCGAGCUGUACCGAGGGUAGUCUGCAGAGCGAUUACUGCGUCAUUGGUAGACCGCGGUGCGCGGAUGGAUACCGGUAUGCGUACGGUCGCUGUACGAAGCUGGAAAAGAUAAGGGCCGAAUGUCGGAGCUCUGCCGUGCUCAGGGAUGGUAUGUGUGUGACCAAGACGACCACUUCCAGUGCUUACUGUUCGUCAGGCUACACACUCAUGGGUGCAGUGUGCACGCGCACGAUCUAUGUGCAGGCCACCUGUACGACCAGACCGUCCGCACCGAUUACUACCAGCAUCAGUAACAUAGUGGCCAGCGCUCCAACGUACGUAUCGAGCGGAUCGAUUCAAUCUGUACCUUCGUACCCGGCCUAUGUUAGCCCAUCUAUCAUAGCAACCGAAAUUGUGCCCGCUAUUGAAACAAGCGUAAACUAUACAACAUUCCCCGAAGAGCGUACGGACGUUGCCAAUAAAUUCGAUGACUAUUUCACCGGUGAGAACGAAGCCGGUGGAUUUGAAGACUAUCCCACCUAUUCCAGUUCGAAGGUAGACACCGAUGAUUACAUUCCCACCCCAUAUGUUCCUGAAUCCAACUCGUAUGAUACCGAGUACACGCCGUAUGUUUCCGAGUAUGACGUGAAGGAGACGGUUUCUAACAUGACGGCAGCACGCCCUGAAACGCCUGUUACACGGGAGAAGCGUUGUACCGUCACUGGGCCUCGUGUUUGUUCGAACUUCAUGGAAUCGGGUUGGAGCUGCAAGCAGACCGAAUACCGUGGAAUUGAGUCCAGCCUGUGCGAGAGCGAAAGCACCACCAUCCGACUGAUUGUCGAGCAGCACUUGGUCCAAAACGAUACAUUCCUAGUGAUGGCACCACAGGAACAGGAAGAAGAUGGAUAUGGUUACGACGAAGAAGAUACUGAAGAUGAGGAUGGCACAAUUGAUUGUAGUGAUUGUACCGAUCAAAGCUUCUCCUGUUCGAAGGCAUGCUACACGUACGAUGAGUGCAAUAACUGCAACACGGUUGAGCUUUCUAGCUUCUGCAACACGACGAAGAUGACUGAGGUGUGUGGUUAUUUAGAGAUCGAUAGCUAA